AGUAGACGCUGACUCGUAUCUCCGCCCGCUGACUCGCUCCUGCUUGUUCAGACGAUACCUUCACCUAGGCAUCUCACGUAGCUUCUGUCACUGUCGGUUUACUUCAACAUUACCUUGAUCAAGCGAAAUACCUGCAGGUUUUCACCCACAUUCAACAUUGACAACGACGACAUCUGCGCGCGCAACCUUACAUUCUCUGCUCUCCUCACGAACCAUCAAAAUGCCCAUCAAAACCUGGCUUACAGAGACCCUGGGUAUCCGAAUACCUCUCGUUCAAGGCGGUAUGAUGUGGGUUGGCAAAGCUGAACUCAUCUCUGCCGUCGCGAACUCCGGCUGCCUAGGGUUCCUCACUGCUCUCACCCAACCAUCUCCGGAAGCACUACGCCAAGAAAUUCGCAGAUGUAAAUCAAUGCUCAAACCCUCAGCCGUGCAGUUUGGCGUAAACAUCACGCUACUGCCAGCAAUCGUGAAACCGGACUACAUGGCGUACGCGCGAGUUGCGGUUGAAGAGGGUAUCCGCGUGAUUGAAACGGCCGGGGACCCGUCGCCGAUCCUAAAAUUCUUGAAAGAGAAUGGUGUCGUUGUGAUUCACAAGUGCGUGGCGUUGAAGCACGCUCUACGUGCGGAGAAGCUUGGUGUGGACGCCAUUUCCAUUGAUGGUAUCGAAUGCGCCGGACAUGGUGGGGAAUACGACACAACUUCAUUGAUGCUUCUUAGCCUUUGCGCGGAACAGUUGAAGAUUCCGUAUCUUGCAAGCGGAGGAUUUGCCAACGGAAGACAGGUUGCUGCAGCGUUAGCCCUUGGUGCGGCAGGUAUCAAUAUGGGCACUCGAUGGAUGUGUACAGCCGAAUCGCCUAUCCAUCAGAACGUCAAGGAAACCAUCGUCAAGGCCACAGAGCAUGACACAGUGCUUUGCCUUAGGAAGUUCAGGAACACGAGUCGAUUGCACAAGAACAAGGUCUCAUUGGAAGUGCACGAGAUCGAGAAUACCAAGCAGGGCGUCGAGUUCAAAGACGUUGCACAUCUAAUGAGCGGCAAGAGAGGAGUAGGCGUGUAUGAAACUGGCGAUGUCGAUGCUGGAGUCUGGAGUCUGGGAAUGUGUGCUGGUCUGAUCCAUGACAUCCCCACGUGCGAGGAUCUGGCGAAGAGAUUAGAAAGGGAAGCGAUGGACACACUCAGCAAGACGCACGGACUUGUGGUAGCCGAAGCGAAGUUGUGAUGAAGGUGCCUCGUCUGCUUAACACGAAUAUAUCACAUGAGGUCAAUCUCGGUCCUGGACAUCGCUCU